AGUAGCAGAAGUGCAAAAUAAGCUGUGGGAUGUCCGUUAUCAAGGAUGCUGUGGUGAGCAGCCUUUCUGGCUGUACCCAGCUCUGACUGGGCUGCCAGUGUCUCUUGCUCUGUUCUUGCCUGUGUAGCUCGAGAUUAAUGACAUGACCAAGUCCUGGGGCCUUGAGGUGGACCGGGUGGAGCUGACCAUGGAGGCUGUGCUACAGCUGCCCCAGGAGAACCUGGCAGGCCCCCUCGCCACCCUGCCACCAGUGCCAGGGCUGGAGGGACUCGACAGCACCAUUCAGCAGCUGGCUGCCCAUCUCUUCGGCAACACUCUGGCUCUGACGGGCAGUGCCAACAGUGCUCCAGAGGCAGCAGACAGCGUGGAGACCGUGAAUGAGGUGGAAUCUCCCACUGCUGCCGUCCCCACCGCCAGCAGCAGGAGAAAACCCAGCGUGGACGAGCUGCUCUCAGCUGUGGAGCUCUUCCUGUCCGAGUCCUUGGUUGGCCAGGUGGGAGCAUGUUACCAGGUCAACAUCAUCCUGCCAAGUGGAGUCCGGAGCACCUAUUUCAUAGACCUUUCCUCAGGCAGCGGGCAAGUUGGCCGCGGAUUGCCAGAGGGCAGCCCUGAUGUGGUUCUGGAGAUGGCAGAGAAAGACCUGCAGGACCUCUUCCUGGGUGAACUUCGUCCCUUGAGUGCCUAUAUGAGCGGAAGGCUGCAGGUGAAAGGCGAUCUGCACGUUGCUCUGAAGUUGGAGGAGCUCUUCAAGGCAAUGAAGCAACGUAGAUAGAGCAUGCGUGUGAGUGUGUGCCCUUGUGUCCAUGUGUGCAUGUGUCUUUGUAGAUGUGCGAAAGGCACAGCAGGGGUGUAGUCACAAAUGGUGGGGAAUGCUAGGGUGCUGCAGGGCGAGGGCCUUGCCUUCCUCACUUUGGAGCUCAUGCUGUCCCCUCUACAAGGUGGCAGGAGUUGUGUGUGAGCAGGGAAACUGAGGCAACACAAGCCUAGAAAACUCCCUGUCCCUCAGGUUCCUACCCUCUUCGGGGUGAGCUCCAUUGCUUGACCAUGUCCUUUUCUUUCCCUCCCCUCCCCACUCUUGCCCACAACUUUACUGGGAAUAAGUUGGCACUCCAGCCUAUGUCCAGAGAAUGCAGUUUCCUUCCAGGUCCUUUGGCUACGAGUUGCUCCAGGAGCAUAGGGCAACGUCUUGCUGCCUCCCCAGUGGCAAAGGGAAGAGGGGUGGGUCUCCCCUGGGAGAUGUGGGGAUGGGAUCCCCCUGGGGAUCUCAUGCUGGAAGGGGCAGGAGGUGACUGGAUUGAACUGGGAGGAGCCUGGGGACACUGUGAUCAAAGCAGCUUGACAGAACAGUAGUCAUGGGAGGGGGAUGGCACAGGGAGGAGAUCAUGGGAGGUCAGUGCAGCCGAAGGGGGACAAUAAGGCGAUUGGGCGAGGCUGGAUGGUGUGAGUGGGCCUGGGAUCAGGUCUAGCUGAUCAGUGGAUGCUGGACCCCAGCAUUUCCAAGGGAAGGAGCAGCGGCAGCAGGUUAGGGAAUGACCUGCUCAGACAUGCCUGGGCCUUCCCGACACAGAGGUUUGUAAUAAGUGAUUGCGCUAAUUUGUGCUUGAAAGCGCUUUUGCAUGCAUGCUGUGAGGUCUGUCCACGGGGUGCGCGUGGAUUGUAUAUAGGCGUAUAUAGAUACUUAUUUAUUUUGUAAGCUUCCUUUCUAUCGACUCUUGGUCUACAAUAAACCUGUUCUGCAGCCUUG